AACAAACAUUGUGACGGUCAGUGGUGUCCGUGGCGUAUGAGACCUGUUGCCCUGUCUUAAGUGCUCCAAUCAGUGCCAUACGAAAAAUCCUGAUCGGUAUAUUUGUGUUGUUUUGAGUUCAAUAAUUCAAACACUAUGUCGAACACAGCGCGUUUCGCCGACGCUGACGCAAACUUGUGGCUUAACCAGCCACCUAUCAACGAACAGAAUAACUUUCCCGGUAGUUCGUACUCGACAGAACAACAGCAAAUAUACCCGGGUCCAAAUUACAAUCAAAAUUAUUCGGAUCAGGAUUGUUCAGGCUCCUCCAGCCUUUUGGAGAUGCUAUUACGCCAGGGGAAAGAGACAGUUGCCCAAGAUCGCGUUAAUCCUGGUAAAAACCGGGGAGCACCACUAGGCGGGCAGAAUGUGUCUAAUAUUCCCUGUCAGUCUGCUCCGUACACACCAUCGUCCUCGACUGGCAGAAUGUCUCCUAUUGUCGCUUUUCUACCGGAUGCCCAAGCACAAGUUCGACAGCAAGAAAUUCAAAAUGGAUACUUGCCGAACCACCAAGGUUAUCAUGUACAACAAUAUUCUAACAGUGGCGUAACCCCAUCUAUGAUGAUGGCAUCAAACUCGCGCACGAACUAUGUCGCGCAGCAUAGAUACGCUGCUUACCUAAAUGGUCAAGUUACUGAGAGGCGAAACCCUGCCGAAAUUAAUGAGUUCGCGGACGAGCAGACGCUCCAGCAGGUGGAAUAUCCAUGGAUGAGAUCUUAUUUUAACAUAUAUGUUGAAGAUGAAAAGACAUCGAGGCCUCCCUUUUUGAAUAUUCGGGAAAAGCCUAAUACCCUACUCCAGACACUUACUGUAAAUACACUUAAAGUAAUAAAACUAAGAAAUAGUUGUGCUCAAGGACAUGAUACUGAACAUCAAGGUUACGUUACAGGCGAUGGAAAAAACGUUGGACAGAAGCGGACCCGACAAACAUAUACUCGAUUUCAAACGCUGGAACUGGAAAAAGAAUUCCACUAUAACCGCUACCUCACUCGAAGACGUCGCAUCGAGAUAUCUAAGGCUCUCUCUUUAACUGAACGCCAGAUCAAGAUCUGGUUCCAAAAUCGGCGAAUGAAGGCGAAAAAGGAUGGUAAACUCGCUCAACCCGCAUUACAAGAGGCGAACAGGGACGACCCACCCGCUUACUCCGCAUCAGAAGGAAAUUCAGAAGGCAGCAGUUCGCCGAGUCACAAUGCUUCGCUCGUCGAUACGCUGCCGGUCACAGCGUACCCAGGACCAAGCACCGCACCAAUGAUGCAGCCAGGACAAGUUGCGAUGCCCGCUCAUCUAGUUGCUGCCAGCAUAUGUGAAAUAUUUGGACCCGGUGGAGAAGCAGAACUGUAUAAAUUUCAAUCUUUAACAUGUACAACUUUGUACAACUUUUGGGUAAGAAUGUAUCAUGAAUAUAAAUGA